CUGGCCAACGUGGUGAAAUCCCGUCUUUACUAAAAAUACAAAAAAUUAGCCAGAGUGGUGGCAGGCGCCUGCAAUCCCGGCUACUCGGGAGGCUGAGGCAGGAGAGUCGCUUGAAACCGGGAGCCGGAGGUUGCAGUAAGCCGAGAUCGCGCCAUUGCACUCCAGCCUGGAAUACUGAAAGCGUGUUGGCUCUCGUUUCAUGAAGACAACGAUGAGGAUCACACCCACAACGACACAAUCAUGGUCUCUCAGGGUGACUUUGAAGCUAAGGAACAAAGUGCGCUGCCUGGGAAGGCUGGGUCUUGUGGAAGCAACAGGAAAGUAGAACGUGGUGUGGAAAGGGUUAAAACUGGCGCUCGGCGGGAUACAAGGCUCUGGGUAUCUUAAAGACCACGCGGACACACUUGUUUGGCUCCUGUCGCGCUCCGUAGAAUGAUUUCCCUGGGCCUCGGUGGGCCACGCCCCCGCAAAGAAGGACAACGCGAAGCUGCCCGCGUAGUGCCUGUUGCACUCUCCGAGGACCGGCCUGGCAGAGAUAGAAAACUCCCAGUACUCUUGCCUCAGAACCGCCUCAAUCCGGAAACAGAAACUCCCCAGGCCCGGCACCGCGCGAGCCACCUCUUUCGAGGGUGGGAGUGCACAUGCGCAUAGGGGGCCUGAAAAACCCUUAAAUACCGGCAUGCGUGAGGAUGAGGCCUUUUUCCCUGCCGCCGCCGAGUCGCGCGGAGGCAGAGGCUUGGGUGUGUUCAAGAUUCAGCUUCACCCGUAACCCACCGCCAUGGCCGAGGAAGGCAUUGCUGCUGGAGGUGUAAUGGACGUUAAUACUGCUUUACAAGAGGUGCUGAAGACCGCCCUCAUCCACGAUGGCCUAGCACGUGGAAUUCGCGAAGCUGCCAAAGCCUUAGACAAGCGCCAAGCCCAUCUUUGUGUGCUUGCAUCCAACUGUGAUGAGCCUAUGUAUGUCAAGUUGGUGGAGGCCCUUUGUGCUGAACACCAAAUCAACCUAAUUAAGGUUGAUGACAACAAGAAACUAGGAGAAUGGGUAGGCCUCUGUAAAAUUGACAGAGAGGGGAAACCCCGUAAAGUGGUUGGUUGCAGUUGUGUAGUAGUUAAGGACUAUGGCAAGGAGUCUCAGGCCAAGGAUGUCAUCGAAGAGUAUUUCAAAUGCAAGAAGUGAAGAAAUAAAUCUUUGGCUCACA